UAUGCUUCUUCAAGCUGCGCACAGGUGUCAAUUGUUGCUGCGGAAGGAGAGCAGGGAAACCUUUACGCAACCUGUGCAUCGAGAUGAGACACUUGAACGUUCGAAAUAUUGGAGUCUGCGAAGAUUAUACUGUUUUGCUCGGAGCGGCUUGAGCUGGAAACCAAGAACGCGAAUUGAAUGCAGAGUUGAGGUGGGGAAUGAGGAUGCGACAGUCGCGCCACCCUCGGCGGUGGGCGUCACGUGCGGUCCUGUGGUACGGCGCUCGUCUCCUUUACACGAACCCCUCCCUGCAUCAAGCAACGCCACCAAACACCAAGGUGAGAUCCUGCGUGAUGAGAUACGGAGAGAGAGAGAGAGACUGUGUGUGAUUGUUGGGCUACGGAGAGGCCAACAGCAGCUCCUCUGCGCCUUCGGCACGGUUCAGGACCGAGCUUGCAGGCUUUUACAAUUACUAUCAUCCUCCCUCUUCCUCUCUGUCUCUCUCUCUCUCUCUCUCUCGAAUGCAUCUCUUUCUUCUCUCCUUUGUCUCACCUUUCUCUGUCAUUCGUCUCUCUCACACUACUAUUGUCGAAUGCAAAUAAUGAUGACAAUGAUAACAAUUUUGGUGGCGAUGUUGGAGUUGUCAGGGGCACUGCAGCAGUGAUCGGACAAGAAG